GUCUCCCCACACUGCUGCUGGGGGGACUUUUUAACAUAUCUGUAUGGCCUUCAAUUUGCUUACGCUUCACCACUCUGCCAUGGGCCCCUGUACCGCCUCUCAUGCUGCUGCAGGGCCCAGUGUGUCAUGGGUCCCUGUACGGCCUCCCAUUGCUGCUGUCUCCAUCGCCACACUCUGCCAUGUGCCACUUUCAGGUCUCCUCAAUGGGUUCCAUUUUGUCAUAGGGUGCUGUAUGGCCUCCCAUUGCUGCUGCCUCACCCGCCACACUGUGGCUCCACACUCUGGUUUUGGCCCCGUGACUGCCCAAAUGAGUGAAGUGUGCGGUGAUUCUAAGAUCGACGGCACUCAUCUGCACCAUACU